UGACUGUCUGACUACCUGCAGGCCUCCAGUUUCUUCAUCCUCCUCCUCCUCAUCUUCAUCAUGAAGACUCUCCUCCUCUCUCUCCUGGCUCUCACGGCUGCAGCAGUUGUUGCUGAGGUUGCAGCAAUUGAAACGUUUGCAGAUGAGACCGUUCCAGAGCUGCAGGAAGACAAACAGUUGCCAGAAGAUAAUGUUCCAGUUGCUGAAGAGGAUGAUGUCAUGUUUGCCGCUGCAGAGAUGGAGGCACCAGAUAGAGAUCGUACAUUCACCUGUCCCUCUGCUUGGGUCAAAUUUGAGAGCAGCUGCUAUUUAUACGUGCACUCUGCCAAGUCCUGGAGCAACGCUGAGGCCCACUGUGACAGGCAGGGAGCCUCCCUGGCCUCUGUCCAUGGUGGGACUGAAUACAAUUUCCGCCAGUCGCUCACCACAGAAGCAGGGAGCGUCUCGGCCUGGAUGGGAGGAUUGUACUUCCAGGGCUGGAGAUGGGUGAACCAGGGACGCUUCUUUUACCAGAACUGGUCUCCUUUGAUCUAUCCAAGCGGCAACCCUUGUAUCUACCUCCAGACGCACACAGUGGGCUGGACCAAUGGUGAGUGUGGUACUUUAAGGCCUUCUAUCUGCAUGAGGAGAAUUGGCAGCUGCUGAAUCUGAAUCAAAGUCUUCACAGAGUGAUGGAGGACUUGCUGGAUCCAUAUCUGCCAACACAUAAAUAA